CACCCCAGAGGAGCCCCAGCCCCCGGCCGCGGUCCGGCCAUGGUCCGGCCGGCUUCCCCGGCCCCCGGGCUCGUCGCCCUCUUCUGCCUCUGGACCCUUUGGGCAGCAGCAGUAGCAGCAGCGUCGAGCCCAGGCUCUAUCCGCUGUGCCGCGCCGCUUCUCGGUCACUUACUGUGUGCCAAGUCUGUGCUGAGCGUUGAGACAGGAUUUCCUCCACCAAGACCCCGUUCCUUGGAUGAUUUGGACGUGGCCGAACUUGAGAUCGCCCCUGGGGAUCCUUUAAUGCGCCUUGCUGCGAAGCUCUCAGAGAGAAGAAUGCAAAGAUUCUUCAGUCAAGACCCCCAGAUUGCUCCAGUGGUGUUUGUAAAGAAGAAUAGCCCUGGUUCCACGGGACAAUCUUUUUUCCUUUUCAGGCCUAGAAAUGGAAGAAACAUUGAAGAUGGUCAAUAGGACUCCCAAAAGAAUUCAAUGGAAAAUGGAACCUCAAGCUGAAGGAUUAGCUCAGUGUCUUUAUAUCAACCUAUUGUUGGGCUUCAUAUUGGCUUGAUCUAAAUUACGACACUGGAACGGACUUGAAUAUGCAAUUGUGUAUAAAAUAAACUUGCAACCAUUAAAUAUU